AACCCCCCCUUUUAAAAGAAAGUAAAAAUCAAUUUUUCUCUAAAACCCCUUUUAACUUAAACCCUAACAAAGAAAAGCUCCUUUGUUUUUUGAUUCUUGAUUUUGUUUUUUGAUUCUUGAUUUUGUCAGCAAUGGCUUUGUUGCUUAGACUUAUACCUCGACGUGAACUUGCUAACUCUUCUUUGCUCUUUGCCUACAAAGGGGGUUUGAGAAGAAGCUUAUUUGGGGUAUCGGAUCAACUAUGCUACUAUUCUACUCGAGGUAAGAAAAAGUCAAACUCAGAUAGCAGUGAUUCAGGCGACGAGAAUUUGUCCAAGAAAGACUUGGCUUUGAAACAAGCACUAGAUCAGAUCACUACAUCAUUUGGAAAGGGAUCCAUCAUGUGGUUGGGUCGCACGGAGUCCCCCAAACAAGUCCCUGUAGUGUCUACUGGAUCUUUUUCUUUGGAUAUUGCCCUUGGGAUAGGGGGGCUUCCGAAGGGACGUGUAAUAGAGAUAUAUGGUCCAGAGGCUUCAGGGAAAACAACUCUUGCUUUGCACGUAAUUGCAGAGGCGCAGAAACAAGGAGGUUAUUGUUGUUUCGUUGAUGCUGAGCAUGCGCUUAAUCCAACAUUGGCCGAGACCAUCGGAGUAAAUACGGCAAAUUUACUUCUGUCUCAACCAGAUUGUGGUGAGCAAGCUCUUAGUCUGGUCGAUACAAUAAUAAGGAGUGGUUCGGUUGAUGUUGUUGUUGUGGACAGUGUGGCUGCCCUUGUCCCGAAAGGUGAGCUUGAAGGUGAAAUGGGAGAUGCUCAUAUGGCGAUGCAAGCUAGACUGAUGAGUCAAGCACUCCGCAAACUGAGUCAUUCUCUGUCGCUAUCACAGACCAUUUUAAUCUUCAUAAAUCAGGUCAGGUCAAAGCUUUCAACUUUUGGCGGAUUUGGAGGGCCUAGUGAAGUUACUUGUGGCGGUAAUGCCUUGAAGUUCUAUGCUUCUGUUCGUCUAAACAUAAAGCGCAUUGGCCUCGUGAAGAAGGGGGAAGAGACGAUAGGAAGCCAAGUUCUAGUCAAGAUUGUGAAGAACAAGCACGCUCCUCCAUUUAGAACCGCGGAAUUUGAGCUUGAGUUUGGUAGAGGAAUUUCCCGCGAAGCUGAACUUAUCGACUUAGGAGUGAGACAUAAGCUCAUUACAAAAGGCGGUGGCGGUUACUACAGUAUCAACAAUCACAAUUUACGGGGUAGAGAUGCUGUAAAACAUUUCCUAUCCGAGAACACUAGUGCAAGGGAGGAUCUUAUGAUGAAACUUAGAGAAAAGCUUAUCGGCCACGAGGACAAACAACAUGUUGACCCUGUCGAGGAGGUUGUAUUGAGUGAUACCACCGAUGAAGAUGCUGCUCCAACUGCAGUUGAGGCAUGAAGGUAUCGAUAUCGGACUUUGCUCAACUAAUGAAACUGCUGGCUCUUAGCAUCAUCGGUUUAUAUCAUCACUCGUAAUCUGCUCUUGCGCGUAUCCAGCUGAUAUCAGUAUGCAACCCGUAUGGAGAAAGGGCCAGACUUUCGUUCAAUUUUUUUUUCCGGUGACCACCUGAUAUUCUCUUGUACAUAACAGUUGUAACUUCAGAGAGAAUCUGUAUCAAUCAUUUAUUCAGUAAAGCUGUCUGAUGCAGGGAGACAUAGGGUGUGGUCAACUAACUUUGUCUAGUUCUAAGUGCGGAAAUUUUUUUAAAAACAACUCCAAUUUGUACUCCAUGUCCAAUAACAACUCUGAUUUUCAAUUUGAAA